UUCUUCUUUACGGAUAGAAUAAAGCAAUGCUAGUAGUUAUAAUAAAACCCAAAAUAAAGUUAUCAAACAAUUCCUUUUCUUGUUGGCACAUAGAUUUUAUAUCUCAUCUUCACUUUGUUUUGGAUGUCUCCGUUAAACAUGGCAAGCGGUGCUUCAAUAUCUUUGACAUACAUAGCUUCCGAAAGGGCAAUCCCAGGAUACGGAGGUGGAAUGAGCUCAGCAAAAGCUGCAUUGGAGAGUGAUACAAAAGUGUUGGCUUUUGAACUGCACUUGCUUGCCACAAAGCAUCAGAUGUUUCAUCUGAUUCCAACACCUCAGGGAGCUUUUAUGUACUCAAUGACAUAUUCCGUCUCAACGUGCUCAUUACAAAGAUUCUAGGAUACACUUGGAGGAAUGAUAGCUCGGCCUUAUCAUCUGGUGCCCUCAAGAGUACUGGGAAGAAUGCCGACAAACUAAAAAAAUGGAGAGACUUUAAC